GGACGGUCAGAAAAAGUAGAGCGUGUUUUCCGGUGCAAGGACGAAUAAGCAAAAGCUGAUUCCAUGCCAGGUGGAAGAUUUACACCCGUCCGAUCACCAUGCAACGGCCACGAUGAAUUCCUAGUUGAUGAGAUUUUAUUGCUCUCAACUGCAAGAGAACUGUAGAAAAGAAAUGGAAACAAAAAUAAAUAUUAAUGUGAGAAAGAGAGAGUGAAUUAGUGUGUGUGAGAGAAUCAAAAAAAUAAAAUUUAAGAGAGAGACAAGAAAGAUGGUACUGUUGAUAGUCUUAAAUUGAGGAAGAGGUAGCAGCAGUGGCCAUGGCGGCGUUGCAGAGUCUGUGACUUUAAUGCACCAUAAAAGUAGAGAAGUGCAACCAUUUUUUUUUCUCCUCUUUCGAUUUCCUGAAAAACAAAAGAAAUUGUCCUGAAAAGCUGCUAGAGCACUUAAUAUAACCCCAAAAAAACUUCUAAUCAAAUAAUAGCCCAUAGAUGAUCAAUAUCAUAGCCAUUUACUAGGCUUGAGAGGUUUGUUUUUGUUUUUUUGGCUAUGGAUAUAGAGUUAAAAUUGACGACAGACACAUCAGCAGAAAAAUGUCUGGUUUUUUCACACUAGGUGGUGGUGGUGGAGGUGGAGAAAAUAAGAGCCAACAUAACCAACAACAACAACAAGAGCAAGAUCAAUUAGCUACGAAUAGCUUUCUCCUUUUCAAGGACGACGAGAUCUACAACAAGGGUUUUGAGUUAUGGCAACAGUACUAUCAGUUGCAUCAACAACGAGCACAGCCUCAUCAACAACAACAAGAUGUGGAUUUCUCAGUUGGUGUGGGGCCCAGUUGUAACAGAAGAAUCAUCAGUACUGGUAGCAGUAGUAGUAGUGGUGGUAACAAUAACAUUGUCGGUGGUACUGAUGAUCAUCAUCAUAAUAUCAAUAAUAAUUAUAAUAUUAAUUCUUCUUCUUAUAGAUCAUCAUCAGGGUUUCGGGUUAUGCGUCCGAGUAGUACUGGUAGUGGUGGUGGAGCUGGUGGAGGAAUUAACUGUCAAGAUUGUGGAAAUCAAGCUAAAAAAGACUGUUCACAUAUGAGGUGCCGGACUUGCUGUAAGAGCAGGGGAUUUCAAUGUCAUACACACGUUAAAAGUACUUGGGUGCCUGCUGCUAAAAGACGUGAACGACUACAACAACUUACUGCUCUUCAACAGCAACAACAAAAUCAGCAAUCACAAAAUCAGCAACAAACUCAACUUCUUAGCUUGAGAGCUGAUCAUCACUCUAAUAUUCCUAAAAGGCCAAGAGAAAACCCAUCCUCUUCCUCUCUUGCUUGUACUCGUAUACCCAACAUCUCUUCAGGGUUAGAGUUAGGUGGGCACUUUCCAUCAGAAGUGAGUUCUCAAGCUGUUUUUCGUUGCGUAAAAGUGAGUGCAAUCGACGAUGCUGAUGAUCAAUACGCUUAUCAUACGGCUGUUAAUAUUGGUGGUCAUUUAUUCAAAGGAAUUCUGUAUGAUCAAGGGCCAGAGGGUCGAUAUAGUGGUGGUGGAGAGAGUUCAUCUGGUAGUGGCGCCGCUCAACAACCGCUGAAUUUUAUAACCGGCGCCACCACAUCCGCCACAGCAGCCGCCACCACGAAUCACCAACACCAACCAGCAGUUACAAUGUAUGAUCCUUCGGUGUAUCCAACUCCUAUUACUGCUUUCCUGGCCGGUACGCAAUUCUUUCCACCUCCAAGGCCUUAAGCGGAGGCGAUGUCUGAAUUUAAAUAUGAAAAUCCAGACGUUUUGGCUUUAGGGAAGGAUUAGAGAGAUCCUUAAAAUAAUCUCAUUCUUGAUUUUGCUUAACUUCAUUGACAUCCAUUUAGGUAAUGGGAAGGAGAAACAAAUGUUCUAGCAUUUCUCCAUGAAUUUAGACAUUGGUUUUCUGAUAGGAUGUUAGUUUAAUAUUUGGAAUUUCAAGUAUGACUCUUAUUUUGUUAGUAUUAAUAUAUGAAUGGUCUGAUCUAUAAGCUCUUUUUUAUUGUGAUUUUGCUAGAAGAAAUU